ACGUCCUCCUUCCCACGAUGGAGUCCAGUAAGAAGAUGGAUGCCCCGGGGUCCCUGCAGACCAACCCGCUGCUGAAGCUGACUGACCGCAGUGCUGGGGCAGCCGUGUUUGUCCCCGAGCAAGGGGGCUACAAGGAGAAGUUCGUGAAGGCUGUGGAGGACAAGUACAAGUGUGAGAAGUGCCGCCUCGUUCUGUGCAGCCCGAGGCAGACCGAGUGCGGACACCGGUUCUGCGAGACCUGCAUGGCCGCCCUGCUGAGCACCCCCAGUCCAAAGUGCACGGCGUGUCAAGAAAGCAUCGUUAAAGAGAAGGUGUUUAAGGAUAAUUGCUGCAAGAGAGAGAUCCUGGCCCUUCAGAUCUACUGUCGCAAUGAAAGCCGGGGCUGCGUGGAGCAGCUCACCCUGGGGCAUCUGCUGGUACAUUUAAAAAACGACUGCCAGUUUGAAGAACUUCCGUGCAUCCGCACUGACUGCAAGGAAAAGGUUCUGAGGAAGGACCUCCGCGACCACGUGGAGAAGGCCUGUAAAUACCGCGAGGCCACGUGCAACCACUGCAAAAGCCAGGUCCCCAUGAUCACCUUACAGAAACAUGAGGACACAGAGUGCCCCUGUGUGGUGGUCUCAUGCCCCCAUAAGUGCAGUGUCCAGACGCUUCUGAGGAGCGAGUUGAGUGCACACUUGUCAGAGUGUGUCAAUGCCCCCAGCACCUGUAGUUUUAAGCGUUAUGGCUGCGUUUUUCAGGGAACAAACCAGCAGAUUAAGGCACACGAGGCCAGCUCUGCAGUGCAGCACGUGAACUUGCUGAAAGAGUGGAGUAAUUCUCUGGAGAAGAAGGUUUCCUUGCUGCAGAACGAAAGUGUCGAGAAGAAUAAGAGCAUCCAGAGUUUGCACAAUCAGAUCUGUAGCUUUGAAAUUGAAAUCGAGCGGCAGAAGGAAAUGCUGCGGAAUAACGAAUCCAAAAUACUUCACCUACAGCGAGUGAUAGACAGCCAAGCAGAGAAACUGAAAGAACUGGACAAGGAGAUCCGUCCCUUCCGGCAGAACUGGGAGGAGGCCGACAGCAUGAAGAGCAGCGUGGAGUCCCUGCAGAACAGAGUGACGGAGCUGGAGAGCGUGGACAAGAGUGCAGGGCAGGCCGCACGCAACACAGGCCUGCUGGAGUCCCAGCUCAGCCGCCACGACCAGAUGCUGAGCGUCCACGACAUCCGCCUGGCCGAUAUGGACCUGCGCUUCCAGGUGCUGGAGACCGCCAGCUACAACGGAGUGCUCAUCUGGAAAAUCCGCGACUACAAGCGACGGAAGCAGGAGGCGGUCAUGGGCAAGACGCUGUCCCUCUACAGCCAGCCCUUCUACACCGGCUACUUUGGCUACAAGAUGUGUGCCCGGGUCUACCUGAACGGGGACGGGAUGGGCAAGGGGACGCACUUGUCUCUGUUUUUUGUCAUCAUGCGUGGAGAGUAUGACGCCCUGCUGCCCUGGCCCUUCAAGCAGAAGGUGACCCUCAUGCUAAUGGACCAGGGCUCCUCUCGGCGCCACCUGGGGGACGCUUUCAAGCCCGACCCCAACAGCAGCAGCUUCAAGAAACCCACCGGGGAGAUGAACAUCGCCUCCGGCUGCCCAGUCUUCGUGGCCCAAACUGUUCUAGAAAAUGGGACAUAUAUUAAAGAUGAUACCAUUUUUAUUAAAGUGAUAGUGGAUACUUCUGACCUGCCCGACCCCUGACACGUUGCCGGGGAGCUGAAU